GCUCAGGCAUGAGCCAGCAGGGCCACCCAUCCAGCCACCUCACGGGGCAGCAGAGUUUCCAGAGGAAGCCUCACACAGCCUCUGCACGCAGGUCCUCCUGCACAAUUGCUGCAGCUGUGGGUCCAAGAUGCCUGCUCUCCAGAUGCUACUUCUGGCCUGCCUGGUGUGGGGAACGGGGGCCAGGACAGCCCAGCUCCGGAAGGCCAACGAUCGCAGUGGCCGAUGCCAGUACACCUUCAGUGUGGCCAGCCCCAGUGAAUCCAGCUGCCCGGAGCAGGGCCAGGCCAUGUCAGCCAUCCAGGAGCUACAGAGAGACAGCAGCACCCAGCGUGCAGACCUGGAGUCCGCCAUAGCCCGGCUCAGCUCCCUGGAGAGUCUCCUCAACCGACUGACCCUGGGCCAGGCUGCUGGGCCCCAGGAGACCCAGGGGGGGCUGCAGAGAGAGUUGGGCACCCUGAGGAAGGAGCGAGACCAGCUGGAGACCCAAUCCAGGGAGCUGGAGGUGGCCUACAGCAACCUCCUCCGAGACAAGUCAGCUCUAGAGGAAGAGAAGAGGCGACUGGUGCAGGAGAAUGAGGAUCUGGCCAGGAGAUUGGAAAGCAGCAGCCAAGAAGUAGCCAGGCUGAGUCGGGGCCAAUGUCCCCAGACCCGGGACACCCCUCGGGACGCACUGCCAGACUCCAGGGAAGCUUCUCAGUGGAAUUUGGACACUCUGACCUUCCAGGAACUGAAGUCGGAGUUGACCAAGGUCCCGGCUUCCCAGAUCUUGGAGAGUCCCUCUGGCCGUCCCAGGAGUGAAGAGGGAGAUGAUGGAUGUGGAGAACUGGUUUGGGUAGGAGAGCCUGUCACCCUGAGGACCGCGGAAACAAUCACGGGCAAGUACGGAGUGUGGAUGAGAGACCCCAGGCCCGCCUUCCCGCACACGCGGGAGACCACGUGGAGGGUGGACACCGUGGGCACAGACAUCCACCAGGUUUUCGAGUACAGCCUCAUCAGCCAGUUCGUGCAGGGCUACCCUUCCAAGGUGUACGUGCUGCCCCGGGCCCUGGAAAGCACGGGCGCGGUGGUGUACGCGGGGAGCCUCUACUUCCAGGGGGCGGAGUCCAGAACCGUGAUCAGGUACGAGCUGAACACCGAGGCAGUGAAGGCGGAGAAGGACAUCCCUGGAGCCGGCUACCAUGGACAGUUCCCGUACUCCUGGGGCGGAUACACAGACAUCGACUUGGCUGUGGACGAGACCGGCCUGUGGGUCAUUUACAGCACCGAGGAGGCCAAAGGAGCCAUCGUCCUCUCCAGAAUGAACCCAGAGAGCCUGGAGCUUGAACAGACCUGGGAGACCAACAUCCGUAAGCAGUCGGUCGCCAACGCCUUCAUCAUCUGCGGCACCCUGUACACGGUCAGCAGCUAUUCCUCGGCCGAUGCCACGGUCAACUUUGCUUAUGACACAGGCACAGGGGUCAGCAAGACCCUGACCAUCCCAUUCAAGAACCGCUACAAGUACAGCAGCAUGAUCGACUACAACCCCCUGGAGAGGAAGCUCUUUGCCUGGGACAACUUCAACAUGGUAACCUACGACAUCAAGCUCUCCAGGAUGUGAGAGGCCCCAAGCCCUACCAGCAAAGGCAGGAGGAGAUACGGUUCAGGACAUCAGAGGGAUGUGGGCUGCGGGGACCCUGACCCAGCAGCUCCUCCCGCUUUCCUCCUCAAUGCAGAGGAACGUGCGCAGUCGCCAUGGUGAGCAGGGACAACCAUCUGAGGGCUGGGACAGCUUUGUAGUAGGAUAGAUAUUCUUCUCUUCUGUCAGCUUUUAAAGGGAUGCUUGUCCAGGAUAGUUCAAGGUUCCGUAAAUCUGGGGCAAGAGCUAAAGGCCUGGUGGUUUCUUCAUAAAACCAUCACUCUUGCAAGUUGCUCAGCUCCCAUGAGCCACGACAAGAGCAGCAGUUCUGAAGGAAGAGAAGAGCCCCCUGGCCUGCACUGAGCUUCCACAGGAAACGUUUAGCGAUGUUCUCUACCACGGGCUUCUAAUGCUUCAGGAAGAAUUCAGUUGCGUAUCAUAUAACCCUUUGCCUCAGAAAAUAAAAUAAUCAUAUAUGACCUUAU